AUGGUUGUCUCAAUGUCCCCGGGCUCGUCUUGGACGGUCCUGUUUCUGUACACGGCCGUAUUCUCCCUCUGGCUGUCGUUGUGUCAUGGGCUCGACAUUUCCUAUUGCUCCUCGGAGAACAACGCGGGCAGCUAUCCCAGUUUCUAUAGCGAAUUUCAGUCAAAUGGGUUAUGUCAGGGCCACUGUCAAGGAUCCUACGCAUUCGCGGUCCUCCAAGGCUACUAUUGCUGGUGUUCCAACUACAUACCCACACAGCAGGAGAGCACAUACAACUGCAACCAAGUGUGUCCCGGCUACGGUUCCGAAUGGUGUGGUUCCACAAGUGAUGGCCUCUAUGGAUAUUACCUCCUGAGCGCAGGAGUCCCCCUGGGGACCUCGGGUUCUGGUUCAAGUACACCCUCAGCAACAUAUUCAACACCAUCUCAGUCGUCAUCUUCAUCGGUUAGUAUUAUCACCUCUACUUCCGCCUCCUCGUCUCCGUUGGAUACUGGGUUAGCCACAUCCUCCCGCUCCACCUCUACCUGGCCAGUGUAUCAUUCCUCUUCAGUGGUAACACCUGGACCCUCUCAGAGCUCUGCCGAGGCUAGCAUUGUAACUUGGUCAACGGACACUUCGUCGACCUCAACAAGCUUCCUUCCAACAUCAACUCCUCCAUCCUCCACCUAUAACCCGCCGCCCACUCCCGCACCUACGGAGGUUUACACGAGCGUAACCACGGUUACGGGCGAAGUCCGUACUGUGGUCGUGACACCAUCUCCCGCUGCCUCGUCAGACGCAACCUUAGGGCAAAGCUCUACCGAUGGGGGCGGCGGCGUCAGCACUGGCAAGGUUGUUGGGAUUGUGCUGGGCGUAGCACUCGGCAUCGGCAUUUUGAUCGGAAUUGCGGUUUACCUGUGGUUCCGUCGGCGGCACAAUAAACUGCAAGAGCAACGCGGACCAGAAACGGCUUUCGUCCCUCGGGCCGGAGAUGGCUCCCCUCCCAAUAUUGUCCCGUCUCGGCAAGUUAGUCAAAUGUCGACGGCUGGAUUACUGGGUUCUAAAGCUCCCCGGAUCAAUACAUCUAUGGGAAUCCUGGGCAGUGAUCUACGGAGUGCUGAUCCAACCAUUUCAUCAAACUCGGCGUCCGAUCGUCGUAGUUUGGGCACGGAUCAAAGAUUGAAUCCGUACGCUUUGUACAUGAGUGAGCAGGGGCGCGUUAGCAACGUGUCCCUGCAAGACAACCAGGACUAUUCGAGACAACUUCGGGUAAGUGCUGCUCAGCAAGCCGUUGGAGGCUGA